AUGUUCUUCUAUAUUUGCGAGGUCACAGUGAAGCAGAGCUAUGUUGUCAUGCUAAUGCUCCAAACGAUAUUCUGGCUUCUGGCCAUGUUUCUCAUGUUCUACGUCUUCUAUCGAGUCAUCCAAGCAUAUCUCAACCGAAUUGCGAACGGCGGCAAGACAUUCCUUCCCGUGUCCAUACUGCACUGGGUUCUCCUGGGUGUUUUGGGGAUUCUCAUGGUGGUCAAUGCAGCCAUGUAUAUUGCUUUCCUCGUCAUGGAGGUGAACGGAAGCAGCCAACGGCAAAUAGUCGGACACUACAACAGGAUUGUUGAGGCUCGCAUCAUCGUCUCAUGGCUGAUGUCUCUGGAGAUUCUCGUGUGGACAAUCUUCAUCAUUGCGAAGUCGAGAUUUAGCAGCAAGCUGAUCGUGACAAUCAUGUACAAUUUCGAAUCGAAGAUGCCGCCGCCGUAUUUGAGCUUGGCCACCUCAAUCGUCUCCUUCUUCUGCACAAUCGGCAUAUACUUUGGCCUCAUAUUCUGCUGUAUCCAAUGGUGCAAGGCCAGCAAGAUCUAUUCUCAAGAGCAUGCUCAAAACGUCCAGCAUGCCCCAUAUGCCCAGCAUGCUCAGUAUGCUCAGACUCUUCCUCCUCCCCCUCCAGGCCCUUACGCUCCUAUGUCCUCAUACCAGCCAUAUCAACCGCCGUCACCACAGCCUCCUAGCCAUUCAGCACAUUCCGGCUACUCGAGCCCUGUGAAUGGUGGCUUGAGCCCCGUCAAUGGUUACUCGAACCCCGCGAACGGCAACGGACAAUUUCCUCCAGCAGAGCUCCACAGUGAGAGCGAUGCUGGAUCGCAUGGGCUCCCAUCUAACCAACAAUACCAACACCAUCCUCACGCGUGA